AGUGUCCUCCGGCCGGUAGAGGGAGCCGCCGAAGCUUUAUUGGCGCGCGCUUGGAGCUAAUCCAGAUGCGCCUGCGCGUUAGUUUUACGCUUCAGAGAUGGCCGAGUCUCCCGCUCUUAAGAGAAAACGUGAGGAGAAAGAGGGAGAGAACGGAUCCGCCGCGCCUCCGAAUGAAGGGCCGGCCCCCGGCAACUUCCCUUUGGCCGAGCUCUCUGUGCUGAAAGUGCUGAGGGAAUCUGCGCGGGAGAAGGCGAUCUUCCUCCACGGGCGGGUGAAUAGCGCUUCUGGGAAUGAGGCAGAUGCUGUUGUGAUCCUGGAGAAGAUUCCCUUCCAGGAAGAGAACAUCACCAAACUCCUAAAGAAGCACACAUCACUUCAGCUCCAGAUGACCAACGAUAUCUAUAGCACUUACCGCCUUUUCCUUCCUCCAGAAUUAAAUGAGAUAAAAACUACUGUGGUGUACCCAGCAACUGAAAAACAUCUUCAGAAAUACUUGUCUCGGUCAGUGUAUCUCAUCCAGGAGACGGGGGAGGAUUAUAAGAACAUCACUCUGCCUUUUAUCGAAUCACAGAGUAUCAGCAUUCAGUGGGUGUACAACAUCCUGGAGAAGAAGGCUGAAGCUGAUCGAAUUGUCUAUGAAAAUCCAGAUCCCAUCAACGGCUUUGUUCUCGUUCCAGAUUUUAAAUGGGAUCAAAAACAGCUUGAGGAUUUAUACUUGAUUGCCAUCUGUCACCGCAGGGGAAUCAAAUCAGUGAGGGAUCUGACGGCUGAGCAUCUCCCUUUGCUGAGAAACAUCUUGCAAGAAGGAGGGGAGGCCAUAGAAAAGCGCUUUGGCCUUGCAAAGACCCAAGUGAGGGUUUACUUGCAUUACCAGCCAUCCUAUUUCCACCUUCAUGUGCAUUUCACUGCCCUGAGCUACGAUGCACCGGGGUGCUCUGUUGAGCGGGCCCUCCUGCUGUCCGAUGUGAUGUAUCAUCUGGAGCUGGACUCCCAGUAUUAUCAAAAGUGUCCCUUGACCUUUGCUGUCAGAGCAGAUGAACCUCUACUGAAGAAAUUCCAGGAAGCUGGUAAAGCCUGAACAUCUGAGGAUGUUGAAGAAAGAGCGGAUGAAAAAAAAACACACCUAAACAAGAAAUGAUGAUACCUUUAUAUGGUCUGUAAGAUAUUUGGGUUGUUUUUUUUUAAAGACUUAAUUUGUAUUUUUUUUUCUAUUGGAUUUUUUUUUAAAAAAAAUCAAUAAAUAGCUGUGUCCAUGA